UUACGCAUGGAGAGAGAGAGACAGAGUGCGCACGUGUGUGUUUGUGUGCAAGAGAGAGAGAGAGUAGAGAUGUCUUGAUGGAUUACUGUAUGAAGCUAUUUGUCCAUUACGCAGGAGGAGUCUUUUUUUUUUUUACACAUUAUCAACUAUGGAUUGAACAAACUGAUGUUAAAACUGACGACUCAACGGCGUAAAUAGAGAGGUGAAGAGGGAGAGAAUGGACGCGAGUCUUGCGCAACAGACCGAACUAACCAUGGAGGUCACUUCAUUGCCGUUAUCAGCGACAACCGAGUGGCUGGAGGAUGGAAAUGAGACGACGGGGAAUCAGUUCCAGCAGCCUGGCUGGCAGGUGGCUCUGUGGGCUAUAGCCUACUUACUCAUUAUCCUGGUGUCCAUCGCUGGGAACAUCACAGUGAUCUGGAUUAUUCUUGCUCACAGACGCAUGCGCACUGUAACCAACUACUUCAUCGUCAACCUGGCCUUCUCUGACGUUUCCAUGGCAACCUUCAACACUCUUUUUAACUUUGUAUACGCACUUCACAACGACUGGUACUUUGGCCUGGGAUACUGCCGCUUUCAGAACUUCUUCCCCAUCACUGCCAUGUUUUCGUCAAUAUACUCAAUGGCUGCCAUCGCAGUGGACAGGUACAUGGCCAUCAUCCACCCUCUGAAGCCUCGCCUCUCCUCCACCUCUACAAAGGUCGUGAUUGUUCUCAUUUGGAUUGUAGCAUUUGCACUGGCUUUCCCUCAGUGUUACUACAGCGUGACAAGAUUUUACUAUCCCAGAACUGUGUGUAUGGUCGACUGGCCAGAUGAUUAUGGAGGAAAACAUCAACUGAGUUACCAGUUUGCAGUGAUUGUGCUGAUAUACUUGCUCCCUCUGCUGGUGAUGCUGGUGACCUACAGUUUGGUCAGCCAAUCGCUGUGGGGUGGACACAUCCCUGGAGAGGCGUCAGAUCAUUACCAUAGCCAGAUUACAGCCAAGAGAAAGGUGGUGAAGAUGAUGGUUGUUGUGGUGGUGACCUUUGCCCUUUGCUGGCUGCCCUACCACAUCUACUUCAUACUGGGAUCAGUUAACAUAGACAUUUAUAAACAACAUUACAUUCAACAGGUGUAUCUGACCAUAUUCUGGUUGGCAAUGAGUUCGACCAUGUACAAUCCUAUCAUUUACUGUUGCCUAAACCAAAGGUUUCGUGCUGGUUUCCGUCAUGCAUUUGCUUGGUGCCCUUUCAUCAAAGUGUCAGAGGAAGACAAGAUGGAACUGCAGCACACACAUGCCUUCAGAGUCACCAUGACACGAAGCCACAGAAAUAGCAGCUCCUAUGCACUCACCUCCGUCAAAACAAACAACACCUUCGACACAAACUUGGCUGCCACCAGUGAGCUAAACACAAAGAGAGAGGCUCACGUGAAGCUUAAAAAACACACAUCAAAAACAUCCAGCACACAUGUGGUGAAAAGGCAGGGUGAUGCCAAAUCAUCAGCAGCCAAAGUUAUGAAGAACAACCGCUGACAACUGAAGCAAAUGAUGAGGAGGACAUUCUGAAUGGGAAGGCACCAGGGGUUUCCUAUAGCCAAAGCUGAUUAAAAUAAAGAUGGCAGUAAGAAGCGGCAGGGGAGAGCCUGCUGACUGCCAACCAGAGUGGAUCAAACUAUUGUGAUGGGCAUCCAUAUGGAAAACCAAGGAAAAAGAAAGCCUCUGUUCAUUGUACCCUGGACUUGGGACCAUCAACUUUUUUUUUUUUUUUGACAAAACUGAAUCAAUGUAUAUCAAACUGGUGGAUGUUUUGCUAUUAAUGCCAGAGUGGUCAGCAUACUGGACAACAGGAGAGACUUUGUAUUCUGGCAUUGUUAGUAUUUGCAGUAAUGUAUAAGUCUGAGAAUAAAUGCACACAUCAUUUAUUUUUUACUUGAUCCCACUCCCCUCAGUCCAUACACAUUAGAUUUUAUCUGUGGUUACUGGUUUUCUAGUGCAAAGAAUAAAUGGACAGAUGACUGGCAUCAGCACUAAGACUUAAUAUUUUUGUGUACAAAUGCUGAUGUAUGUUUUCUCCUUUUGACUGUCCUGAUCAGUGGAACUAUUUAUGUUUUUUCUUCACCAAUCAAUGUGUACACAGUGCUAAUUAAAGUGAAGUUACGCUCUCUUUAUUGGGGAAAAAAUAUAUCUCAGCCUUGUUGAUAUUCAGAAUUAGCACCCAAAGAACAGAUUAGCUCUUAUAGUCGGUCUGGGUUGUCCAUAUUGAUGACUUUAUUGAAAGACUUUAUGAAGGUGACAGCUCUGUAAGACCAGAUCAUGUGAUUCUGCUCCAACAGCUCUAUGGCAUUCAGCAUUUGACAGAAAUUCAAACAGACAAAAUGUACUUCUGAAAUGCAUGUCUGGUUUGCAGCUGACAUAUAGAUGAUCCUGACUGUGACUUUAUGUGGGGUGGCAGGACCAACACACUGCCGAGGGCAUUCCCUGGAAACAAAAAAGUGUAAAAAUGAAUAUCCACCAGCUCUCAGAGUCAGUGAGGGAGCCACCUCCUGCUUCUAACAUACAGGAAUGUAUUAUUAUACAUUUUGAAUGUACAUUCAUCCUUACAUUGACCUUAUUUCACAGACUUGGCUGGAUCUCCCCCAACAUGUACUAUCUGUUACUGUACAGUAUGUUUUUUUUUUUUAAUAUCAGUGACAUAGUGCACAUAUGUUACUCAUACUGUGUCACUUCACUGGUUCAUAAAAUAUUUUGUAUUUUUUAUGGCUGGUGUACAGUAGAGUACAGCUCCAACAAUGCUGCUAAUUAGAAGAUGCUGAUGUGAAAUAUAACAUUGCCAUCUACUGAGUAUAUUAAUGUAAAAUUUUCUGAAGAUGUAAAUAUAGAACUUGUGUCUGUUCAUUACAUUUACAUACUGUAGCAUGUCAGUGUUAACAUUUCAGAAGGCAGCCCUUUUGAUUCCUUGUAAAAACAUUUCGCCCUUUAAAAUGCAGUGACUGUGCAACAUCUGUAUUUGUUGCUUGCAUAAAACAUCAGGUCAGGUGUUUGGACCUAAAAGAAAGAGUCAAAAAUAUGUUUAAUAAAUGUGACAGUGAUAAUAAAACGUUGUUGCAAGAAGUUCCCAAACACUUAUUUUGUAUCCAGCAACAAUGGGCCCUUUUCACAGUGAUGUCAGUUAACAUGACCAUUCCAGGGCCAAGGUGUAUGACUGUUUCACUGUUUAUGUGAAAAACUCUCUCUUUAUAAGCUAAA